AUGAAUAGCACGACAAGCGCCUUCCAUCCUUAUCCGAACCCUCCACUCUCUCCUCCGAAUGGCUUAUCAGACGCGGUAGACGAGGCCCCGAUUACUGUGAUCGCUUCCUCUCGAGCUAUCAGGUCCGGACGGCUUUCGGCGGCCACGAUUGUCAUCUCCAAUGCUACGGGCAAAAUAACUGCGACAUUUGAUUCGAUCGUUCCUCCUUCCGAUUUCCCUCCAAAUACACCAUAUACCGAUUACUCGCCCCAUAUAUUACUCCCGGGAUUGGUGGAUGCACAUGUACACCUUAACGAACCGGGCAGGACAGAAUGGGAGGGAUUUUAUACUGGAACGCAGGCUGCGGCCUUCGGUGGCGUCACCACUGUGGUGGAUAUGCCAUUGAAUGCGAUUCCUCCGACCACCACCUUGGCAGGGCUCCAGGAGAAGAUCAAGGCUGCUCAAGGUCAAUGCUGGGUUGAUGUGGGGUUCUACGGUGGCAUAAUUCCUGGGAAUGAGGGAGAACUCAAGGCCUUGGUACGAGAGGGUGUGAGAGGGUUCAAAGGAUUUCUAAUUGACAGUGGUGUCGAAGAAUUCCCAGCAGUUUCCUCGACAGACAUCCGGAAGGUCUUUGCGGAACUUGCAGAUGAGCCUACAACAGUCAUGUUCCAUGCAGAGAUGAUCCCUCCCAUCGCCGAUUCGGUUGGAGAUGAUGUCCAGACUUCACUACCCCCCUUGGAGCCCCACGGCCCAUUAAAUGCCUACGGCACUUUUCUGGCCUCGCGACCACCGUCCUUCGAGACUUAUGCUAUUGAAGAAAUCUUGUCCCUGGCGCAUCUUGCACCCAAUUUGCCAUUGCACAUUGUCCACUUGUCGGCAAUGGAAGCCAUUCCUCUUCUGAGGAAAGCACGUGCACAAGGGAUUAAUAUCACGGCUGAAACUUGCCCUCAUUAUCUAUCUCUUGCCGCCGAGCAGAUUGCAUUGGGUGAUACUCGCCACAAGUGUUGCCCACCAAUUCGAACUCAAUCGAAUCAGGAUAAGCUGUGGACAGAGUUAUUACAGCAUGCUGGGGAGGGCGUGAUCAAGACUGUUGUGUCAGACCAUUCCCCAUGCACUCCAGAUCUUAAACUUCUUCCCUCUCACGUACCAGGGCAUGUCGCUCCCCCAAAAGGCACGGCGAAGGCAUUGCUGCUGGACACGGAUAGAGGUGAUUUCUUCUCUGCUUGGGGCGGGAUUUCCUCGGUCGGGUUGGGCCUGCCGAUCUUGUGGACUGAGGUGGCAAGACGAGGCCUGACAUCUACUGACACAGCCAUCACUGACGUUGUUAAAUGGUGCUGUACCAAUCCUGCCGCACAAGUUGGUCUCGAGAAACGAAAAGGCGACCUCGCUGUUGGUUUCGAUGCCGACAUCUGUGUUUUUGACGAUAGUGCUGAGUGGGUUGUUGAACCCAAUACGAUGUUGUUCAGAAAUAAAUGCAGCCCCUAUCAGGGUAAGACAAUGAAAGGACAAGUCAAGGAGACUUGGUUGCGAGGACGACAAGUUUUCGUCCGAGAUGGGCCAAAUAAUGGAUUUGUUGGCAAAGAAUGUUCAGGACAAUUAUUGUUAGAGCCUAGACAGAAAGAAUUGAAGAAGGUAAAGAGUUGGUUUAGAAGAUGGAUUUACGAUUACGAGGCAUGA